GGGGUUUUAGGCUGGGUUUCUGUACAGCACUUUGAGAUAUCAGCUGAUGUACGAAGGGCUAUAUAAAUACAUUUGAUUUGAUUUGAUUUGAUUAAUCAUUGUUUUUUACAAGACACCGAGAGAGUAACUAUGAUCCAGGGGCCCUUUUUUUUGUGUAGUUCAAAGGAGAAACUAGCGCCUCACACAGCCUCAUCUAGACUUGCGGGCUGUCCCUCUACUUUCACAACCUGUGUACUGAACGAAAGCGCAGUAGUAACUCUCAAUCAACAUGACCGCUGUCAAAGAUACACAAAUCUUAGUACCAGCUCUGCUGAUCUGGACCUACUUUGAGACUUGCUUCUCUCAGAGUGAAAAAAUGACUACAGAGUUCAUCACUGAUUACACUGAUUACCCCACAGACAAGACUGACUUGGAUUAUGAUCAUUGGACCCAGCAAUGCCAGAAGGAAUCCAACCGCCACUUCCGCUCCUGGUUCAUGCCCACCUUCUACUCCAUCAUCUGCUUCCUCGGUCUGGUCGGUAACAUCCUGGUGAUCGGUACCUACGUCUACUUCAACCGGCUGAAGACCGGGACCGAUGUGUUCCUGCUCAGCCUGUCCGUCGCCGACCUGCUGUUUGUCGUGUCGCUGCCCCUCUGGGCGACCAACUCCAUGACGGAAUGGGUGCUGGGGCUGUUCAUCUGCAAGGCAAUGCAUACCAUCUAUAAGGUCAGCUUCUACAGCGGCAUGUUCCUCCUCGCGUCAAUCAGCGUGGACAGGUACUUCGCCAUCUCCAAGGCCGUCUCUGCCCACCGCCACCGCUCCAAGGCCGUGUUCAUUAGCAAGGUGACCUCUGUGGUUAUCUGGGUGAUGGCGCUGAUCUUCUCUGUGCCCGAGAUGUCCUACACCAACAUCAGCAACAAGACCUGCACCCCCUACACUGCCGGCUCAGACCAGGUGCGUGUGGCCAUCCAGGUGAGCCAGAUGGUCUUGGGGUUCGUUCUGCCGCUCCUAAUAAUGGCCUUUUGUUACGGCGCCAUUGUGAAGACCCUGUGCCAGGCCCGGAGCUUUGAGAAGAACAAGGCCAUCAAGGUGAUCUUCACUUUGGUGGCGGUUUUCCUGCUCUGCCAGGUGCCCUAUAAUCUGGUACUGCUGCUGACCACUCUCGACGCGGCUAAGGGGGGCAGCAAGGACUGCCUCUAUGACAACAUCCUCCUCUGCGCCGCUGACAUCACCCAGUGCCUGGCUUUCCUGAGGUGCUGCCUCAACCCCUUUGUGUACGCGUUCAUCGGGGUGAAGUUCCGCCGCGACCUCCUGAAGCUGCUGAAGGAUCUGGGCUGUAUGAGCCAGGAGAGAUUUUUCCAGUACACCUGCGGCAAGAGGAGCUCAGCGGCCGCCAUGGAAACAGAGACCACAACCACUUUCUCCCCCUAAAGCUGCCAAUGCAGCCUAAUCUGUCAGCCUUUUCGACAUGGACAAGAUCUUGUACACAGCCUAUGUUUAUUUCUGACUAUAUUUAAAUAUUUUUUUGUAAGUGUUCUAUAGAUCACUGAAAAGGUCUAAAGGACAUGUAUGCUUAAAUUAUCAGGCAGCUUACUUGUUGCCACUAGGUAUUGAUUUAGAUCAAGUCUGUACCAUUCCAUUUUUUCCUGUUAUAGAGCUGCCAGUGGAGGACUAGCACUGUAAAUACUCAAUGUCUUUGUAUUAUUUCUGUGUUGUUUUUAGUCUUAUUUCCCGAAGUCUAGUAAAUAAAUAAGAAUUU